CGGAAACGAUGUGCGAUUGUAAAACUUGACCCUUAACAGAGGACAGGAGGACAGUGGAUACACUGUACUGUUACCGUAAAACAUUUCAGGCUCCGGUUUGUCGCCACUAACUAGGCAUGGCUGUCUGGUAAUGUGGACAGUCGGCUGUGAAAGCCAUCGAUGUCGCUGCCGUCCCGCCGUGCCUUUGAGAGUCCUUCCGGGCCGAGACUUAGCAACAUGGCCUCAGCGGUAACGUUACCCCGCUGCACAUCUGUCAGACUCCCCGCUGUGGCCACCGUAGUCCUGCUCCUAAUGUCGGUGACCACUGUACAAGCAUCUCAAGGCGACAAGGAGCCGGUUUAUCGAGACUGUGUGAAGCAAUGUGUCCGGACCAACUGCACCGGAGCUCGGCUACGGGGGUUUCAGUCUGCCCAGCCGCAGUACAUGGCGCUGACAGGUUGGACGUGUCGUGAUGACUGUCGCUAUCAAUGCAUGUGGACCACGGUGGGCCUUUACCAGGCCGAGGGGUACAGAGUCCCACAGUUCCACGGCAAGUGGCCAUUUGCGCGCUUCCUGUGUUUUGAGGAGCCAGCUUCUGCCCUGGCCUCUCUGCUGAAUGGCCUGGCUUGCCUUCUUAUGCUGCUGCGCUAUCGAGGCACGGUGCCUCGCCAGAGCCCCAUGUACCACACCAUCAACGCCUUCUCUCUGGUAUCUCUUAAUGCCUGGUUCUGGUCCACUGUGUUUCAUACCCGGGACACCUAUCUGACUGAGAAAAUGGACUAUUUCUGUGCAACAGCGGUCAUUCUUUACUCAAUUUACCUUUGCUGUGUCAGAACAUUGGGUCUGAGGCGACCUGGGGUGUCCAGCAUGGUGGGAGUCCUGCUCAUCUUGGCCUUUACCUCGCAUGUUUCCUACUUGACCUUUGUCAGUUUCGACUACGGCUACAACAUGGCUGCUAACGCCACCAUUGGCAUGGUGAACCUCCUGUGGUGGCUGUGUUGGUGCUGGCAGAAUCGGCGAACCCUGCCAUACUGGUGGAAGUGCGGCCUGGUGGUGCUGCUGCUUCAUGGUCUGGCCCUGCUGGAGCUGCUGGACUUCCCCCCAAUGCUCUGGGUUCUAGACGCUCAUGCUGUGUGGCACCUCAGCACCAUACCAGUACACUUCCUUUUCUACAGGUUCGUCCACUCGCCUGCUUUGCCUUUGUUCUGA